AUGAACAGCCCUUUUUCAUUCUGUAAAUAUGCUUUUCUUAACUCCAAAUCUAUCUUAACCAGACUGGAAAUUCCCCGUGAAAUACAAGGUACCCUUCUUGUUCAAAUAGAGAUAAAGAAGUGUUUUUAUGAUCGGAAUUUCUGUGUGAAAUUUGUGUGUGUGUCUGAGAUUUGUUGUUCUAUGGAGGCAGGGAAGCAAAAGGCGACGUUUGAAGAGAUGUCGGUGGAGAAAAGUAAGAGCUUUGUCACGGCACUGCAGGAACUGAAGAACCUCAGGCCUCAACUGUAUUCAGCUGCAGAGUACUGUGAGAAAUCAUAUCUGAACAGUGAGCAGAAGCAAAUGUUCCUGGACAAUUUGAAGGAUUAUGCUGUACGUGCGCUGGUCAAUGCAAUUGACCACCUUGGUACGGUUUCUUACAAGUUGAGCGAUGUUAUCGAGCAGCAAACACUGGAGAUCUCAUCCAUUGAUCUGAAAGUCACCUGUCUAAAUCAGAAACUUCUUACCUGUCAAACGUAUACGGAGAAAGAAGGUCUCAGGCAGCAGCAGUUGUUAGCAAUCAUUCCGAAACAUCACAAACAUUAUACUUUGCCUAAUUCUUUCAACAAGAAGGUGCAUUUCAAUCCACAUAUACAGACGGGUCCUAAGAAAACCGCUCAAGUGAGAGGUGCUUCUGCUGCAAAAACUCUUUCUUGGCAUAUGGCUUCAGAAAGCAAGUCGACAUUGAAAGGCUCCUCAAGAGGUAUUAUGAGUGCUGAGGACUCAAAAAUUGACAGACAAACAUCCAGUGUAUUUAACUCCUUAGACGCUCAAGAGAACAAAAAGUUCAAAUCUGCCCCUGCAGCAAGAGUCGCCAUGCAGACCCUCGGUGUUACACGAAGAGAUCCUACAGAGGGCUCGAAACCUGUUAUUCCUUAUAAAUCAUUUUGCACUACAACCGAAAAAGAAGUUGUUCGGCCACCCGUUCGUAGCAAGAGCAUGAUUUCUGCUUUCUUCGUCAAGCAAAAGGGAACGGGUUUGAGAACAAAUGCAUGAAUUAUUGGGAAUUAGAGGGAGUGUAUGCAAACUCUUCACAAAAAUAAGUGAUACUCAGUUCCUAACUGGAAAAAAAAUGUUUAUUUAACCACUCAACAAAAAAAAAAAAACAUUUUUCUUUCUGAGUUUGCAUACACUCCCUGAGCAAAGCAAAAGUUCUGAUUAAUCAUGCAUUUGACCUAUGAGAAUAGUAUGUUUGUUCUGUUUUUGCACUUGUGAUUAACUGAUUAUGGAGAUUUAUAGGAAAAUUUGUAGUUACCCACCACACGAUUUUUUUUAUCGUUGGAUUAGCAGAUACCCGUAUUGGUGAAAUUUAUUGUAAGUGUGGAUUGGUAAACUUGGAAAGAGAGAGAAAUACACAAUGGAUUUGUGAUGUGAGAUAUAUCACUCUUCUUUAUAAACUGGCAAAAAUUCAAUGGAAA